AUGGCUUAUCAAAUCAAUGACACAACCGAAACAAAUAACAUCUCAUCUGAUGACGAAUUAGAAAAAGAAAGGCAUUAUGGGACAACUGAAUUUCCAUACAAGGACAAUAGUAUCAACGAAAAUGAUUGGUCUUCAUCUGAUGAUAGUGAUAAUGAUAAUGAUAAUGACGAUGACAAAGAAAUAACUUACCAUCAUAAAGAAACAUCAAGUGACAAGAAUAUUGAUUGGAGUGAUAGCUCUUAUCUCACUCAUGAUGACCGUUUACAAUCUAUGACUCGAUUCGAACGUCGACAAGCAUGUUAUUACCAAGCGAAAAUUCAACAAAUUCGACAACAAUUAAGAAAUGAAAAUCUUAUUUUACGACCAAUUUAUAAAGAUAUUGGAUAUCAUGUGGAGUCAAGCCACACUUUUUAUGAUAAAGUCAAUGAAUUUAUGAAUCAGACCAGUAGCUAUUCAUUCGUUUUUAGACUUAGUCGUUCAUAUCCGACUGCUAGUCAAAAUCGUUUAGCUAAAAUUGUUGAACGAGUUGAAACAACAUUGAACAAUUUAUUACAUUCCAAAUCUAUUACUGAAGCACAACAUAUGACUAUGAAAAUCGAUCGAUCUACAGUACAAAUGCACUAUUUAAACUUCGUAUCAGACACAUAA